AGGGAGUUCUGCGAGCUGCACGCCCAGGCGGCCGCCGUCGACUUCGCCCAGAAGUUCUGCCAGUUCCUGAAGGAGAACCCCCACUACGACACCCCCGGGGCAGAGACCUCCUUCUCCCACCAUUUCGCCGCCAACUUCUUGGACAUCUUCAGCCUGGAGGUCAGCCGGGUGUUCGUGUCCGACUCUCCCACCAAGUACAACAUCGUGCCCUUCGUGGGGCUGCAGAACUGCCACGUCCCCUACGGGCGUGAGGUCACCCCAAGGAAGGAGGAGACGUCCACCGAGUCCCUGGACAGCAUGGACGCCCCGCUGGGAGCCGGGCGGUACCUGAGCCCUGCUCAGCAGGUGCAGGCACGCAAGGUGUCCUCCUACGGCCAGUCCCGCAGCUCGGAGGACGUCUCCAUCCACGCUGCCACCAAGCCCAAGUUCAAGAAAGGCUUCUCCUUGAGGAACAUGAGCCUGUGCGUGGUGGAUGGCAUGAAGGAGAUGUGGCACCGCAAGUCCUCUCCGGAGCCUUGUGCCGAGGCUGCCCCGGGCAGCCGCAGAGCUGAGAGGGAGCCGUGGCCAGCCGGGGGCAAGGAGCCUGGUGACCCACGGGAGAAAUGGACCCACAAGCUGCGCCUGUCCAAGGUGCCUUCCUCCAAGGUGGAGCUGGUGGACAUCCAGAGGGAGGGGACGCUGCGCUACAUGGUGGCCGAUGACACGAACUGUGUGGGGAGCUCGCAGUGGCAGAAGUGCCGCCUCCUGCUGCGGAAGGCAGUGAAGGUGGAAGGAGAGAGGUUCCUCCUCGAGUUUUACGUCCCUCCGAAGGCUUCCAAACCCAAGGUGAGCAUCCCGCUGUCGGCCAUCAUCGAGGUGCGCACCACCAUGCCCUUGGAGAUGCCUGACAAAGACAACACCUUCGUCCUCAAGGUGGAGAACGGGGCCGAGUACAUCCUGGAGACCAUCGACUCCCUGCAGAAGCACUCCUGGGUGGCAGACAUCCAGGACUGCAUCGACCCCGGGGACAGUGGGGAUGACAUCGAGCUGGCGUCCUGCGCGCAGGGAGCCUGUCUGCCCGGCAGGGUGUCCUCCUGCAGCUGCGAGUUCCUGGCCGAUG